AUGCCGGACUCUUUGUUCUCGAAAGGGUUACGGCUCCUGACCGACCCCGAAGCGACGCGUUAUGUCGUGCCUCUGCUCGUCCUCGCCGAAGCAGCCCUCUGCGGUCUCAUAAUCCUCAAAGUACCGUAUACCGAGAUCGACUGGUCGACGUACAUGAUCCACAUCCAAAAGUACUGGUCUGGCGAACGAGUCUACCCCAAAAUCACGGGUCCGACCGGUCCAUGUGUAUACCCAGCAACAUAUCUGUACAUUUACAGCGCGCUGCAUGCCGUGACGGAUGGGGGAAAAGAUAUCGUCACAGGGCAGAUCAUAUUUGCGAUUCUGUACUUGACGACGCUGGCACUUGUGAUGCAAUGUUACAGAAAUGUCAACGCCCCACCUUGGCUGCUUAUACCACUUGUGCUGAGCAAGAGACUGCAUUCCAUCUUCAUGCUGCGAUUAUUCAAUGACUGCUGGGCAACCUUGUUCCUCUGGACAAGCAUCUACCUGUUGCAACGGAGGAAGUGGGAGGCUGGCGCACUGAUCUGGGGGGUGGGACUGGGUGUCAAGAUGGUACUCUUGCUGGCAGCACCGGCGUUGGCUUUUAUCCUCAUUCAAGGUGCCGGUUUCUUCGUCGCGCUGUUCGGUGGGGCGUCUGUGAUCAUGUUGCAGAUCAUAACCGCCAUACCCUUUCUCGACCCCAAAGAAGGCGAUGCUGCUGCGUACUUUCAUCAGGCGUUUGACUUUGGGCGGCAGUUCUUAUACAAAUGGACCGUCAACUGGAGAUUCGUGGCAGAAGAAACUUUCCUGAGCAAGGGUUUUGCUGUCGGCUUACUUGUGUUGCAUAUUUCGGUCCUCCUGGUCUUCAUACAGACGCGAUGGCAGACGCCCUCGGGCUCUCCCGGGCUCCAGACCUUCUUGCGCAGGUUCGUCAUUCAAGAGAAAGGCGCAGUCAACGAGGACGUGGCUGCCAAGGUGACGCCUACGUUCGUCAUGGAUGCCAUGCUGGGUAGUAUGGCGGUGGGACUGCUCUGUGCAAGAAGUUUGCACUACCAGUUUUACGCAUAUCUUGGCUGGGCAACUCCGUAUCUUCUUUGGCGAUCGGGCGGCGGUCCAGCAUGGGUUUUGCUCAAUUGGGCGGCGCAAGAAUAUUCGUGGCUCGUGUUUCCAAGCACAGAAUUCAGUUCUAUGCUUGUGGUCUUUGAGUUGGCCAUCCAAGUCUUGUCUGGACUCAUUGCGCCACCGGUCGAUCACAUGCGUCCUCCAACCCAUGUGCAGCGCCAGGUCAGGUUCCAAGCAAGGUGA